GUAAGCCAGGAGUUAAAUGGUUCAAUAGAUUCUUAAAAGAUUAUAAUCUAAUUCCCAAAUACUUACGAAAAAUGAGUGCCGUUUAUGGUGUGGUAGCGCAUAAGGCUAAGAAUAUGGCCCACGCUUAUACAAUUGCUGGAGAAUGUCUAAGGCAUUCGA